AUGAUCCUGAGAAGGGACAGGGUUUGCAUGUCAAGGAUCGCUGGACUGCUGUUGAUGGCUCACCUUGCGUUCAAUGGUGUAGACAUCGUUCAUGCUGAUCAGACUGCUAUCGCUGGAUGCAACACUGUCUUUGUGCUGCGAUUACGAGGAGGGGGCUUGCUGAAGAAGCUGCAGAAGUGGCUCCCUCUGGACGAGGAGGAGAAGAGGAUAAUGAAAGCCUUCAGGAAUGGAGGGAUAACAAAGUUGCAUCAAGGUCCCUCCAAACGAGACAGAGCCGUGCUGGCUAGGAGGGAUGAAGAUAGGAAAAAGGACAGUGUGAGGCAAAGGCAUCGCAGGGCAUAUCAGGUCGCUGAAAAAGUGCAGAAGGCUAUUGAAAUGCGAUCAAACCCAUCACGGGCUUUGAUGUCGGCGCGGGUUCCUAGAAAGGAAGAAAGGGAUAGCAACUUGCUGUAUAUCAAGCCAAGAUCGGCAAGGAAAUCAUCUGCCCUGAGCCUGAAGGGAGAAGAAGUUGACACGAACAAGGUGGGGUGGCGAUGGGAUCAAGCUCAGAUCACGAAGAUGAAAGGAGAACAGGAGUACCUCGCUUCCAUGAGAGAAAGGCAGUUUCAAGGAAGAAAGUCCUAG